GGCCCCUUUUGAGAAUUUUCUUCUCACUUCAUCUCUUCCUGUGUGGCCCCUGGGCUGAACAGGGACUUGGUAGUUGUUGGGACCUUCUAAGACAUCCCUCUCUGCAAAGGGUCCCCCGGAAAAAGAACAGCUAAGGUACCAUCAGCCUGCAGUUUCCUGACUCCACAUAUGAGCAAAGCCUAUGCAUAAGACUGACAAGUGCUUAGGUCAGAAGCCAGCCAAAGGGGUUCAAAUCCAGGCCAUAGACUUUGGCCAAUAACAGGAGCUCCUUUAAAUAUAUGUAUAUAUAUUCUGGGACAGACAUUUCACUAGGGGUUUCCUCCGUAUUUUUAAAUUGAAUCUCCCUCCUUCCCCCAUGUUUAACCCUUAUUUCACAAAAGAGGAGCCUGAGGCUCCCAGUCCAGAGGCAACCAGAAUAAAGACUGCAAGUCAUAAGGAGCCUGGGACUUGAACCCACCUAGGCCCCAGAUUCUGUGGUUGCCUAGGAGCUGAAGAGGGAGGAGCUGGCAGAUCAGAGGGAGGGGAAAGAGAAGGCGAGCUCCCAGCAGCGCUCGCUGACGACAGCAGGUGAUUUUUUUUUCCUGCAGCGCUCUUUCUCUCAGCAUCUUUCCUGGAUUUUUCCCCCCUCUGCUGAACGGCAGAAAAGGGUGGGGCCGCUUCCCUGCAGCAGAGACGGCAGCGGCGGCGACGGCAGCGGCUGCAGCAUCCUCGGGAGAGGCGGCGGCGGCAGCAGUGCUCGAUCUCCUCGAAUGGUGAUCUCCUCCGAGCCCUGCUAGGUGGCUAGCUGAGACUGGACGCCGGGCGGGGAGAAGAGAGAGCUUUGUCCGCGACCCUGCGACCGCACUGCCCGGCCCUUCUUCUGCGCCAUGGCUUAAGCCUGCAGCCACCUCGCCUCGCGUCGCCUCGCUUGGCCGGGGUCUGCGCGCCGCCGCAGCCGAAGGGAGGGGCGCGUCCCAGACGCCCUCGCCGGCGACCCGGGUCGCCGUUUCUCCCGCUGCGGUGCCCGCAGCAGAACGCGCUCCCGAGACCUGUGCGGCGGCUCCAGGAGGCGUUUAUAGCAAGGUAUCGAAGGACUUUACCGACUUUUAUCUCAGUGUUAGCUCUGCCAGCCCGACAUUCCCGGGUGCUCUCUGAGACAGGAGGGCGCGGUAGCUCAGGACACCAAGGAAAACAAGGUGGGAACCAGACUGGCCGGUCGAGGGGACUGAGGAAGAUUAGGGACUUGCUUUAGAAUCCAGCAAGAAAGAGGACGAGUUCUGCAGCGAGCACCAUGGCGUGGCCGUGCAUCACGCGCGCCUGCUGCAUCGCCCGCUUCUGGAACCAGCUGGACAAGGCGGAUAUCGCCGUGCCGCUGGUUUUCACCAAGUACUCGGAGGCCACCGAGCACCCGGGUGCCCCGCCGUCGCACCAGCAGCCGGCGCCCGCGCCCCCCUCGGCGCGCACGGUCGCCAUAGAAACACAGCCGGCCCAGGGCGACGGGGAUGCGGUUGCCCGGGCAACAGGGCCGGCGCCGGGGCCUAGCGGAGAAAGAGAGGCUGGGGCCUCCUCUGGCCGGAGCGGACCCGGCCCAACCUCUGGCUCCGGCUCCACCUCCAGCGCAGGUCCCGCGGACUCGGUGAUGCGGCAGGACUACCGCGCCUGGAAGGUGCAGCGGCCCGAGCCGAGCUGCAGGCCGCGCAGCGAAUACCAGCCUUCGGACGCGCCCUUUGAGCGCGAGACCCAGUACCAGAAGGACUUCCGCGCCUGGCCGCUGCCGCGCCGCGGGGACCACCCGUGGAUCCCCAAGCCCGUGCAGAUCGCCACUUCUUCCCAGGCGGCAGCGCCUGCGCUCCGUGCCCCCCAGCGCCGACCGCAGAGCCAGGAGCGCUGGCCUGUGCCGGCCGGCGAGGCCUCGGAGCAGGAGGCGGCCCCUGGAGGAGCAGGUGUCCUUGCGGCUGGAAAAGCGUCCGGCGCAGAUGAGCGUGACACACGCAAGAAACCUGGGCCCGCCUGGAUGGUGCGGCGCGCCGAGGUGUCGCAGAGCCAGGAGCGCUGGGUAGUGCAGGCCGCUGAAGCCCAGGAGCAGGAGGCGGCUCCUAGCGGAGCAGGCGUCCUUGCGGCUGGAAAAGCGUCCGGGGCAGAUGAGCGCGACACUCGCAAGAAACCCGGGCCCGCCUGGAUGGUGCGGCGCGCCGAGGUGUCGCAGAGCCAGGAGCGUUGGCUGGUGCAGGCCGCCGAGGCCCCGGAGCAGGAGGCGGUUUCUGGCGGAGCAGUUGUCCUUGCGGCCGGAAAAGCGUCCGGGGCAGAUGAGCGCGACACUCGCAAGAAGCCCGGGCCCGCCUGGAUGGUGCGGCGCGCCGAGGCGCUGGGGCAGGAGCAGACGCCGCUGCCCGCGGCCCAGGACCAGGUCCAGGCCACUGGCCCCGAGGCGGGCAGAGGGCGUGCGGUGGCCGACGCGCUCAACAGGCAAAUCCGCGAGGAGGUGGCGAGUGCAGUGAGCAGCUCCUACAGGAAUGAAUUCAGAGCAUGGACGGACAUCAAGCCUGUGAAACCCAUAAAAGCCAAGCCCCAGUACAAGCCCCCAGAUGAUAAGAUGGCUCAUGAGACCAGCUACAGUGCCCAGUUCAAAGGGGAGGCCAAUAAGCCAACCCCAGCUGACAAUAAGGUCAUUGAUCGCAGAAGAAUACGCAGCCUCUACAGCGAGCCCUUCAAGGAACCUCCAAAGGUGGAGAAACCUAGUCUCCAGAGUUCCAAACCAAAAAAGACCUCAGUGAGCCAUAAGCCCCCGAGGAAGGCCAAAGACAAGCAGGGGGCGUCGGGCCGGGCAUCCAAGAAGAAGAGCGCGGAGGGUGCGCGCCCCGCCCCGCCCACCGCCGACAAGGAGCAGAGCUCGGAGAUGAACAAUAAGCUGGCUGAGGCUAAAGAGAGCCAGGUCGAACCCACCAGGGAUUCGCCUAAGAAUCAAGGUCCUGUAGCCACAGAGCCAGACAAGGAUCAAGGUCCAGUGGGCCCAGGGCCUCUGAAAGAUCAAGGUCCUGGGAUCCAAGAGCCUUCAAAGGGUCAAGGCCCUGCAGUCCCAGAGCCUCUGAAGGAUCAAGCUCCUGUGGUCCCAGGGCCUCUGAAGGAUCUAGGUCCCAUAGUCCCUGCAUCAAUUAAGGAUCAAGAUCACACGGUCCCUGAGCCUUUAAAGAAAGAAGGUUCUGUGAUCCCAGCACCAGUCAAGGACCAAGAUUCCUUGGCCCCCAUGCCUGUAAAGAAUCAAAGUCCUAUGGUUCCAGCAAGAGUUGAAGAUGAAGGUUCCAUGGUACCAGAGCUUCUGAAGGAUCAAGGCCCCACGGCCUCUGCACCUGUCAAGGACCAAGGUCCCAUGGUCCCAGCACCUGUCAAGGACCAAGGCCCCACGGUCCCUGAGCCUGUGGAUCAAGGCCCCCUGGUCCCAGCACCUGUCAAGGACCAAGGCCCCACGGUCCCUGAGCCUGUGGAUCAAGGCCCCCUGGUCCCAGCACCUGUCAAGGACCAAGGCCCCACGGUCCCUGAGCCUGUGGAUCAAGGCCCCCUGGUCCCAGCACCUGUCAAGGACCAAGGCCCCACGAUCUCUGAGCCUGUGGAUCAAAGCCCCCUGGUCCCAGCACCUGUCAAGGACCAAGGCCCCAUGAUCCCUGAGCCUGUGGAUCAAGGCCCCCUGGUCCCAGCACCUGUCAAGGACCAAGGCCCCACGAUCCCUGAGCCUGUGGAUCAAGGCCCCAUGGUCCCAGCACCUGUCAAAGACCAAGGCCCCAUGGUCCUAUCACCUGUCAAGGACAAAGGUCCUAUGGUCCCAGAGCAACUGAAGGAUCCAAGUGCCAUGGUCAUAGAACCUGUGAAGAAGGAAGGUUCUGUGCUCUCUGAGUCUGUAGAGAAACAAGGGUUAGUCGUCCCACAGCCGGUCAAAGAUCAAGGAAGAGGGGUCUCAGAACUUCUGAAGGAUCAUGAUUUUGUGAUUGCAGCACCUGUCAAGGAUCAAGGCCCUGUGGUCCUGGAGCCUAUCAAGAGUCAAGUUCCUAUAAUCCCGGUGCCUCUGAAAGAUCAAGAUCCUCAGGUGCCACCACCAGCAAAGGACCAAGAUCCUGUGGUUCCUAAGCCUCUGAAGACUCAAGGUCUCAAGAGCCCUCAGCUGCCCACGGUCUCACCACCACCUCCAGUCAUGAUCCCAACUGUUCCCCAUGCAGAAUAUGUUGAUGGUUCCCCUUGACACUCACCCCUUGACAUACCAAAGAAGUAGCUGGAGGUGAAAGUGCUCCCUCCCAGGGGCAGCGAAGACACUUAUUUAAUCUGCAUGAAACAUGUAUUGUAUAGUCUUGCUGGAAUCUAAUAAAACUGGUCCCUCUGGC